CCUCCCAAUGUAAAGCCAAACACUUCAAGACAUUUUAACAUCCUCUCGUCCCACUUUGUCACAAGCUUUCUUGCCCCUCUCUCUCUCUCUCUCUCUCUCUCGCUGUACACAUUUUUCAAAAUUCUCUUUACCUUCUCAAUGACACAGGCCAGGGGCCACGGAUAAAGCUACAAAUUACUAAUUAAAACCCUUCUUAAGUGAAUCGAGUCCCUCUUUAUGUUUUCCCCUCUCGAACUAAAACAGGAACAGCCUUAUGAAGGCCUCGUCAAUGCUCUUCUUCUCCUUUAUUUUCCUUCUAUGUUCACUUCUUCAGCCUUCUCACUCCAUAGAAAUACUUGUAGAUGGAGUUUCAGAGUGGAAGAAUCCUACUGUCCAUAUAGGAGACUCCAUCGUUUUUGAACACAAAUAUCACUACAAUCUCUACAUUUUCCGGAACCAAAAAGCCUUCAAUGUCUGCAAUUUCACUCAAGCCACACGUCUCAACAAAUCCAAUUCCACAUCCUAUACGUGGAAACCAUCACGCCCGGGUUUCUUCUACUUUACAUUCAACAAUGGGUCUUUCAAAGCAUGCCAAGCUUCUGAAAAGCUCGCCAUAAAGGUCUCCACACCACCCCCUGAAUCUUCCAUAAUGCCUCCGGAAACCCCUCCAUCGUCAGCUCCAGCACCCUCUUCUGGUGGAGUCGUAUCGUCCUCCCCGACAUUCCCGUGGCCGUACCAGCCUCACCAAGCCGCUACUCCAACUCCGGCACCCACCGCAAGUUCUCCGUUGAAUGUGCCGUCCACGGUCCCUGAUAAAGGUGGUGGUAUGCCAUUUAUUAACAGUAACCCUGCGGUUCCUCUGCCUACUGGGGAAGUGGACUCUGCUACCAUACGUCCUUUACCUACCUCUGGGCAUGGAGGAAAGGUGAUGGUGGGCUUAUUUGCAGUUCAAAUGGCUCUAUCUUGUGUGGUUUUCCUGAUGCUGUAGAGAGAGAGAGAGAGAGAGAGAGAGAGAGAGAGAGAGAGAAUUGCAGCUAAUGUUUGUAAAAUAGAUCAGGAUAAUGAGCACCAUGUACCGUGGUUCGAGUCUAAAGUAGCUUUAAGGAUGAUGAUUAUACUAUGUAUUAUGGAUCUGUAAUGAUGUUAGCCUAUUUAGACCCUUGCUUUGGAAUCAUUGGCACUUUUGGUCUUUAGUUUUGCCACGCAAUCAAGCACUGGUUCACUACUA